CCCAACACUGUGAAUUUUCAUUCACAUUGAAAGAUGACAUUACAUCCGAUACCAAUCCUUCAACAACCAGAGUGAUCUGGAAAAGGAGAUGCAGAAAAUGAAUCCAUACAAGAUUGAUACAGGUGCAGUAUAUUCCCACAGACCCAAUCAACACAAUACAGUGAAGCUGGGAGCUUUCCAGGCUCAGGAAAAAGAACUGGUGUUGGACACUGACAUGACAGACUAUGACAAUGUGAGGAGAUGCUGUAGUUCUGCAGAUACAUGUUCUAAGUGCUGGAGCCUCAUGACAAGGGCCAUACGCAACACCGACACUGCACUGAAGGAGGACUUCGGAUUUAAGCGUCGUCUCCGGGUGUAUUCUGGAAGGAGGGGUGUACAUUGUUCGGUCUGUGAUAAAUCACUUAGAAAACUGUCUUCGGUGGUAUAUUCUGGGAUAGUUGAGUAUUUGAGCCUUGUAAAGCGUAGUCAAGAUGUUAAAAAGAAAGUUCACCUAACUGAAAAAAAUUCACCCUUUUGUCAGAAAAUCUAUAAACAUAAUAAAAAACUUUGAAGAAUAUGCCUUGGUUAAUCAAGAUAUUCUCAAAAAUAACAAAAGCUGGGAUAAUAUUUUAGCCCUUGUUCCUGAAACAAUUCAGGAUGAACUUCAACAAAGGUUCCAAAAGUCUCACAAUUCACUUCAGCAUUGGGAGCACC